GCUCACUCGCUGAGUAUCCAAGCGCGCCAGCACACGCCUCGAUGAAAGUGCCCGACAACUUUCUAUCGCGGUGAAUGUUCUGUUUUGUUUGUGAUAAAACUUUAAUUUGAGACAUUUAUUGGUGUGACGUCAACAAUAUAGGAUUUCUUUUUAAUUGCUGUUCCUAAACCGUUCGUCCAAAAUGGAUCUAAGAAAAUUCGACAGCAGUACGUGCUCUGCAGCAACAUGGGUCAAGAACAGUCGUACAUUGCACAAGGCAACCUCUCACCAGUAAAGAAAUACCAAGAUAAGUACGAGAAUCAGAUACAAUAUACAGUAUCGAAUAUCGAAUAUCGAUCGAGCGAAUACGAUAGGAAGGAUUACAUACGAUAUAAACCAAGACGAAGUACUGAAAGUUAUAAAAGCGACAACUCUUCAACAGAGAGCAGCGGUUAUAGAAGUAGUUCCAGUGCUAACGAAUGUUCCGACAGGUCAUCCAGCAGCUAUUACUUCUGCUCGUCGUUAUAUAAGAACGAUCACUACAAAAACGCCAACAAAGAUUUAUAUAGACCUGUUAAGAUACCGAAAGAUAAAAGAUACAAACAAUUAUUUGAUACUGAGGACACAAAAAACACCAGAUUGAAGGGUUACAUUACUGAUACCGAAAAGGCAAAAUCGAAAGUAGCUUCCUCUACUAAAAAGGCUGGUAUAAGAAAUUACACUCCUAAAAUUUUAUCAGCCGAAGAGCAGAGAAAAAAAUUAGAAAAUUGGAUUUAG